AUGUCAACGACAACUGAGAGACCUUUGGGUAUAGACGGCCCAAGUCAUAUCGAUUGGCCCGACUAUUUAGUCAUUGGAUUAUAUUUUGUGGGCAUUUUGAUCGUCGGAUUUUGGUCUUCGAGAAGAAGUAAAGGGGAUUCAGUGAGCGGUUACUUCUUAGCCAAUAGGAGUAUGCAUUGGAUACCAGUAGGCGCUUCUCUAUUCGCGAGUAACGUAGGAAGUGGUCAAUUUGUAGGUCUGGCCGGUUCGGGAGCUAGUUCUGGACUAUCCAUCGCGGCCUUUGAGCUUAAUGCAAUGUUUGUCCUAUUGGUGUUGGGAUACUUUUAUCUACCGGUCUAUAUUGCAGCCGGAGUGAAUACAAUGCCUGAAUAUCUUAGAAAAAGAUUUGGUGGGCAAAGGAUUCGCAUAUAUUUAUCAGUGUUGGCGCUAUUGUUGUAUAUUUUUACCAAAAUAUCUGCUGACCUGUAUGCCGGCGCCCUAUUCAUCAAGCAAGCGUUGGGUCUAAAUAUGUACCUUUCGGUUGUCAUUCUUCUGGGAAUAUCUGCCGUCUUCACAAUGGCUGGCGGUCUGACCACAGUCAUUUGGACUGAUUUCGUGCAAACAAUUAUCAUGAUUAUUGGCGCUCUCGUACUCGUAAUCUUAAGUUUGAAAGAAGUGGGUGGUUAUGAUAAACUGAUGGAUAAUUUCAGAGAGCUAGGACGUCCUAAUAACACAGAAUAUUAUUCAAUAAACAUUGCCACUAAUAAAUCUUGCAGCGAAAUCAGCCAAUACUAUAAAAAUCUGUUGAGACCCUGGGAUGAUGCAGACCUUCCCUGGACGGGUAUGGUGUUUGGUAUCACUAUUUCAGCAGUUUGGUACUGGUGUUCUGACCAGGUAAUAGUUCAGAGAGCGUUGUCAGCAAAGAGUUUUUCACACGCGAAAGCCGGAUGUACUCUCUGUUCAUUCAUUAAGUUAUCACCGCUUUAUUUGUUGGUUUUGCCCGGAAUGGCAUCUAGGGCUUUAUGGCCAGAUGAGGUCGGGUGCUCUAACCCUGAAAAGUGUAAAGAGAUUUGUGGGUCGGAGUCGGGCUGUUCUAACAUCGCCUACCCGUUGCUAGUGUUGAGAAUUAUGCCAAGUGGAGUGACGGGUCUCAUGUUGAGCGUAAUGAUGGCGGCGCUCAUGAGUUCUCUGACAUCCAUAUUCAACAGCGCGUCCACUAUAUUCACGAUUGAUAUCUACAACCGAUUCCGUAGGAAUGCCUCAGAGAUAGAGCAGGUG